AUGAAAAACGGCUUUAUCGUCACCGAUAUGUCUGUCAACAAGGAAGAUGGAUCAAAAUUUGAAAAAGUUUUAACUGGUGCUACUACUUCUCAGUUAGAGUACUCCUCUUUUAACGAGCUGGACUCUUCGUCAAUUGAUGCUUUCAAUGAUAGUAAGUUCCAAGAAGAUAAUGGAAACCCCUUUUUGAAUCCAAUUGUGGAGAAGCAUUAUCGUGAACUGUACGUAUCCACCAAAUAUGAAUGUGUUGAAAGGUUCGAUCCAUUCUUUACGUGGACAAAAAAAGAAGAAAAAAAGGUUGUGAAUAAACUAGACUGGCAUGUUACUCUCCUUUCAUGUUUCCUAUUUGUGGCAUUGCAGGUCGACAGAGGUAAUUUGUUACAAGGGGUUGCUGAUAACCUACUCCACGACUUAGGUCUCAAUUCUAGCAAUUAUAAUGUCGGAAAUACGAUAUUCUUUCUGACUUUUUUAUGUGCCGAAUUACCUUCUCAACUCAUUUCGAAAAAAAUAGGAGCCGAUAAUUGGAUUCCAAUGCAAAUGACGGCUUGGGCCCUGGUGGCUACUCUGCAAUGCCGAAUGAAAGGUAAAAAUUCUUUCUAUGCGUGUAGAGCACUCUUGGGUUUACUGGAAGGCGGCUUUGUUCCUGAUUUGGUACUUUGGAUGUCAUAUUUUUACAACUCUUCAGAACUUUCGAUAAGGCUGUCAUUUUUUUGGGUGACUUUAUCUUUAACUCAAAUCGUCACUUCUUUUGUGGCAUACGGAGUUUUUCACAUGAGAGGUAUUGGUGGAAUGGCAGGCUGGCAGUGGUUAUUUUUGAUUGAGGGCAUUUUCACUCUAUUCAUUGGCGUCAGUGCUUACUUCUUGAUGGUACCUUCUGUGGUUCAAACAAAGAAGCCAUGGAACAAGAAAGGAUGGUUUACUGAAAGAGAAGAAAAAAUAAUUGUGAACAAGAUUCUCAGAGAUGAUCCAACAAAAGGAGAUAUGAACAAUAGGCAAGGAAUGUCAUUGAAAAUGUUAUGGAAAGCGCUCACAGAUUACUAUUUGUGGCCUAUCUAUUUAAUAGGUCUUGUUGCUUAUAUUCCAACGAACGUCUUAACAACUUAUCUGACUAUGGUAUUGCGAAAUAUUGGUUUCACAACUUUCGAAGUUAAUCUGCUGGCUAUCCCAAGCUUUAUCCUUCAUAUUAUACUGCUACUCGGACUGACAUGGUUGACGGAAAAAUGCAAUAAUAGGCUUGGCUUGAGCCUGUUACAGCCGUUGUAUACCGUUCCUCUUCUUGCGGUUCUCCGCUUUUGGAAAGCAACAAUGUUUAACAAGUGGGGGACAUAUGCAAUUAUCACCCUGCUGCUAGGUAAUCCCUAUAUCCAUGCAAUUUGUGUGUCCCUGUGCUCUAGAAACUCUCAGUCAGUUAAAACGAGAACUGUUUCUACUUCCUUGUACAAUAUGUUUGUGCAAGCUGGUCUCAUUAUAUCUUCAAAUGUAUAUGCAAUAAAAGAUGCGCCAAUAUACCGCAGAGGAAAUGCAGUACUCUUUGGCUUGGCACUUGCUAUGUUUCCUAUCUUGAUAGGGAGUAAGUUUCUUUAUGUCUAUAUCAACAAACAGAGAGAUAAGACUUGGGAUUGUAUGUCAGAAGAGGAAAGAGACCACUACUUGAAUACUACUACUGAAGUUGGUUCACGUAGACUGGAUUUCAGAUUCUAUCAUUGA